AAUCAGCCCAGAACCCUAAUUUUAUUGAGCAGCAAAUUUGGGCGCCGCCGAAGCAAUGGGGAAAUCGAUCAGAUCGAAGAGGGAGAAGCGGCUGAGGUCGAUUAGGAGGGAGAUGGUUGAGCCGAUUUACGACAAGAAGGACGCCGCCAAGCUCGCCAUCCAGGAGGCCGCCCUCGCCGCUCCCAAGCUCCCAGUUAAGCCCACUCGCGCCGACGACGAUGCCUCCGUCUCUUUCGCCGCCAUGGAAGUUGAGACUGCUGCGGAUGAUAAUCAGAGUUCCAAAUUCCUCAAGCCUAUUGGAAAGAAGCUCAAGAAGAAGAUUAAGAUUGCCAAGAAGAAGUCCCACGGCAAGGGCAAAAUCAGAAGGAAAAAUGUGUAAUUUUGAUGCUAGAUUUCCCCCCUCUUUUGAAACUUUUUGUUUUGUUUUGAUCUAUUAAUGUUUCGACACUACUUUUUAUUGAA